GAGAAAACAAUAUAGCGGCCGACAUUGUAUUGCUUCCGUCGUGUCUGUGUGUGUGUGUGUGUAUAUGUGCACGCGCGCGUGUGUUCUACGGCGGCCGCGUUGAGGCAAACUUACUGAAGCGCGAGGGAAAAUGGAAGCACCCUUAGAAGUGUGCCAUGUCGCUUGCUGUGCCAACCGGGCCGGUCCCGGCGUGGUUUCCUGGGGAAGAGGGGGACUCUUGGCGUUCGGUUCCUGUCGCUCUGUCGUCCUCUACGACCCGCAGAAAAGAAAAAUAGUUGGCACACUGAAUGGACACACUGAAAGAGUUAAUUGUGUUCAAUGGAUUCAUAGAACUGAUGGGUCUUAUGAAAUGGAAUUGAUAUCUGGAGGGUCUGACAAACUUCUCAUUCUGUGGGAAAUAAAAAAUGAGAAGCUUGUGAACUGCAGUCGUUUUGAAGGUCACACUGAAGCAGUUUGUGCUUUGGAUGCUGUUUACAUGACAAAUGAGUCUACAGCAGAGUCAAACCUACUUGUAGCUUCUGCAGCUUCUGACUCUACUGUCAGAAUCUGGUCCAAACAAGGGACAGAAGUUAAAUGUCUUCAGACACUGCUGUUUGGAAAUGGAUUUGUUCUAGAUGUUUCUUUCUCCUUCUUGCCAAGCAGUGACAUACCAAUAUUGGCUUGUGGUGGGGAUGACUGCAAAAUUCAUUUAUACGUGCAGCAGGUUGGACAGUUUCAGAAAACUUUGAUACUCCAUGGCCAUGAAGACUGGGUGAGAGGGACUGAGUGGGCAUUUUGUGAUGGAGAUCUGUUCUUGGCAAGCUGUUCUCAGGAUUGUCUGAUAAGAAUCUGGAAGAUGCAUGUAACUUCAGCGCUUGUGGAACCCCAAGAUGAGGACACUAUCAGGUUGAAGGAGAACAUUUUCACUGUGAAAAAUAACAGUGGUUCAAACACAUCUUUUGCUGUUACACUGGAUUCUGUAUUAGCUGGACAUGAAAACUUGGUAUAUGCCAUUCAUUGGCAGCCUUCCUUCUCCAAAGAUGGCAGGAUGGAACAGCCAAUGAGGUUGCUGUCUGCUUCAAUGGACAAAACUGUGAUCCUGUGGGCUCCAGAUGAUGAAUCUGGGCUGUGGUUGGAACAGGUCCGAGUAGGAGAAGUGGGUGGAAAUACGCUUGGUUUUUUUGACUGUCUCUUCAGUCCAGAUGGCUCAAUGAUUCUUGCUCACGCUUUCCAUGGAGCACUGCAUCUUUGGAAACAGACUUCAGCAAACAAGAGAGAAUGGGCUCCAGAAGUGGUGAUUUCAGGGCAUUUCAGUGGUGUGCAAGAUGUGAAGUGGGAUCCAGAAGGAGAAUUUAUCAUCUCUGUUAGUUCUGACCAAACUGCAAGAAUCUUUGCUCCGUGGAAAAGAGAGAACAAAGCAGAGGUGUCAUGGCAUGAAAUAGCAAGGCCCCAAGUCCAUGGAUAUGACAUGCAGUGUUUAGCGAUGACUGGCCGAUUUCAAUUUGUAUCUGGAGCAGAUGAGAAAGUGCUUCGAGUAUUUACUGCACCUAGGAAUUUUAUGGAAAACUUCAGCAGCAUUUCUGGUAUAUCUUUGGAGAAACUAUAUACUGGCCAAAUUAUUGAUCUUCCAGAAGGGGCUACUGUACCAGCUUUGGGGUUGUCCAAUAAGGCUGUCUUUCAAGCUGGAGAUACAGCAGCUCAGACAACUGAAGAGGAGGAAAAACUUAGCAAUGCUUCCAGUCAGUAUCAUGAAAAUUACUUUCAGCCAUGUCAUUUCACAGAACCCCCUACUGAAGAUCAUCUCUUGCAGAACACGCUAUGGCCUGAAACCCAAAAGUUAUAUGGACAUGGCUAUGAAAUUUUUUGUGUUGCCUGCAAUAAUGCAAAAACUGUGAUUGCCUCGGCAUGUAAGGCUUCUAAAAUAGAACAUGCAGCCAUUAUUUUGUGGAGCACCACAACCUGGAAGCAGCUACAGAGUUUAUCUUUCCACAGUCUGACAGUGACACAGAUUUCCUUUUCCCCCAAUGAUACAUUCUUGUUAGCAGUUUCAAGAGACAGGAAAUGGUCGCUUUGGAAGUGUAAAGACGUCAGCCAAACAGAACCAGAACCAGCUUUCAGCCUUUUUGCUUAUACCAACCAAAACACGGCUGUGCACAGCCGCAUCAUUUGGUCCUGUGACUGGACCCCUGAUAGCAAGUAUUUCAUUACUGGAAGCAGAGACAAAAAGGUCAUUAUUUGGGGCGAAUGUGGUUCAUCAGAGGAGAAUAAAGAAAAUGGCCUGGGUGCGAUCCAGCUUUGUUCGUCAGUCCUGGAUAUUGGGGAUUCUGUCACUGCCCUUAGUACUAGUCAUGUGCUGGCUCCGGAUGGGAGCUAUAUCAUUGCAAUAGGGACAGAAUGUGGGAAGAUUCACUUAUACAAAUGGAAACCAGCUGACAAGAGGCUGCUUUCAGACUGGAACAAAUGUGGUGAAACAGACAACAGCCAGAGUCACACGCUUGUUGUCAAGCAGCUGUGCUGGAGAAAACGCCUGGGCAGAGCUGGGCAAGAUGCAGCAGGAAGCAGCAACUGGUUGCAGCUGGCAAGCUGUGGGGCUGACUGUUCUGUCAAGAUAUUCAAUAUUAAUAGCUACAGUCUUUAAGUGAUUUACUUUUGGCCACACUGGUACUACUUCUUGACAUAUUUGAAUAUAAUUCACUUUCUAAACUUUAUUUUUUUUUAAAUGCACUUCUUAUUCUGGAAACUAUAUUAACUGACACAUGUCUAAGUUGAGCUUAUUUAUUAAAGCAGUUUAUGUAAUAA